UCUAUGUCAUCUCUAUGGUUCAUCUGACUGCGUGUAACCUCAAACAUAAACAAAUAAUAAUCCAAACCAAAGGAAUUCUUACAGAAAACAAUCAGAUCAACUCAUCAAUAGAUUAUUCCACAAACAUCAUCUGAAAUUGGCAUAUUAGUUCCCACAACCUAGUGAUAGAAGUCAAAGAAAAACUGCUUUGUAAAAAUUCCAGUGGUCCUUUCCUGAAAUGAGUAAACGUCGAAAUGAAUUUCCUCAACGAGAAUCACGUCAGUCUUCUAUUUUUGGAGAUGAAGAUGAUGAGGAAUACUUGGAGAAUGCUAAAAAAUACAUUCUUGAACAUGGAAUAAACCCACCUAAACCAAGACAUUUGAAAGGGAGAGCUAUAGGAAUGUGGCAUUCAAAAAUGUCGAAAUUGAGGAAGUCCUUAUUUUUAGAAAAUGCUUCUCAGGAGGAGAAAUUAUUUGAUAAUGCAAUGGGUGAUAUUUCAUUGACAAGAGCUCAGAAAUCUGAAAUAAAAUCAGUACUCGAAGGUCUACCUGAUAAGGCAGCAUGUUCUUCAGAUUCAUACAAUAAUAUCGAAGAUUCUGAAUUCAAAAAAAAGUUUUUGGAAAAUAUCAAUGGCAAAUUAGAAGAUCGUAUUGGGAAAAUGGAGGUAGAACAGCAAAAUGCAUAUCUUGAUCAAACACUUUUUGAAGAAUUAGAACAGAAAUUAACUGAAGAGGAAUAUAUAGAAAUGUUGGAACGUCGAAGUAGCCUACCAUGUAAUAAAAUGAAGGAGAAAAUAAUAGAAUUGGUUGAAACCCACCCUGUUGUAUUAAUUAGUGGUGAGACAGGAUGUGGUAAAACAACACAAGUGCCCCAAUUUUUAUUAGAUCACUUCAUCGAACAGAAAAGAGGUUCACUUUGCAAGAUAGUGUGCACUCAACCUAGAAGAAUAAGUGCUAUAUCUGUAGCAGAAAGGGUAGCAGAAGAAAGAGCAGAAGCAUUAGGAUGGAGCACUGGUUAUCAAAUACGCCUUGAAAAAGUAAGUCCCAGAAACAGAGGUUCCAUGAUAUUCUGCACAACGGGAGUUGUGUUGAGACAAAUGCAAGUAGACCCAUGCCUUUCAGAAUAUACGCAUAUUAUAAUAGAUGAAAUUCAUGAGAGGGAUAUCCAGUCCGAUUUCUUGAUAACCCUGCUGAAACAGGUGAUCGCGAAAAGGAAAGAUCUUAGAGUGAUUCUAAUGAGUGCCACUUUAAAUGCAGAAACUUUCUCUGAAUAUUUCGACAACUGCCCCCAUCUCAAUAUUCCAGGUUUCACUUAUCAAGUCAAAGAGUACUUCUUAGAAGAUGUGCUGCUGAGGACCAGGUAUAAUUUUGAAGAAUAUGCUACUUUGAGGCAGGCUCGAGGACAAACCCUGAAAGUGAGGGAAUUCAUUUCUCUCAUUGAACCUCACAUAAAGAAAUUGAAGGAAGAAAAUGCGUACGACCAGUAUGUGUACGAUCAACUGAGAAGUCCACUCAGCGAGAACCUCGACUUGAGUCUGAUCUAUAGUCUACUUUUGUAUAUUUGUCAUUCAGAGGAAGAUAAUGGUGCAGUGCUCAUCUUUCUACCUGGUUUUGCGGAGAUUUCUGCGCUUCAUAAACUCAUAACAACGUCUGAUGACUUCCCAUCAUGGAAAUACUUAGUUAUACCGCUUCACUCUCAAAUGCCCACUAUUCAACAAAAAGAAGUGUUCCACAAGCCUCCUUAUGGUGUAAGAAAAAUCAUUAUAUCCACAAACAUUGCAGAAACUUCGAUUACCAUAGACGAUGUUGUGUUCGUUAUAGAUUGUGGCAUGAUGAAAGUGAAAUCCUACGAUAAGUACAGUAAUUCGGAAUCGUUGGAAUGUAAAUGGGUGUCAAAAGCAAAUGCAAGUCAGAGGAAAGGAAGAGCUGGAAGAGUGAAACCAGGUGUCUGUUUUCACCUUAUAAGUAAAGCAAGAUACGAAAUGUUAGAAACCUACACGUUACCUGAAAUACUUAGAAUAAGACUGGAGAAUGUUAUUCUCACUGCCAAAAUCCUUCAGUUGGGGAAAAUAGAAGAUUUCUUCGCCAAACUGAUGAAUUCGCCUGAUCCAAGCGUAGUAUCUACCUCUUUAGAAUUAUUGAAACGUUUAGAAGCAUUAGAUGAUAAUGAAUCGUUAACACCGCUGGGAUAUCACCUAGCUAAACUACCUCUGUCUCCACAGAUCGGAAAGAUGCUGUUGUUUGGUGCACUCUUCAACUGCUUGGAGCCUAUAUUGAACAUCGCGGUCGUCUUGGACUACAGAGAUCCAUUUGUUCUUCCCGUUGGUAGAGAAAAAGAGGCUGAUAAAAAAAGGAGAGAAUUGGCUGACAGGUGCACCAGCGAUCAUAUUUUUAUGCAUAAUUUAAUCAAAGAUUUCGAAAUCUUGAAUGAUCAUGAACGUGAACAGAAAGCUUUUUGUUGGGAAUUCUUUUUAAGUUGGGGCACGAUGAAACAACUCUGCCAAUUGAAGCAGGAGUUCAUGCAGAACCUUGAAGAGCUAGGUUUUGUUCCAAAUACGAAGCCCAAUUGUAAGCAAUGCAAUUGUAAUUCGAAAAACAUUGAUCUCAUUAGAGCCGUUAUAUGUGCAGGAUUGUAUCCGAAUAUAGUAAUAAGAAGUGCACAAGGCGCACAAGGCAGGAGGCCUAUUUCUGCUCUGCAUCUUCUCAAUGGCAAGAGAGUAGAAUUUCACCCCAAAUCCAUACUAGCCAAACAAAAUUUACCCUUUCCUUUGUUGGUUUAUUAUAAUCUGGUGAAGAGUAAAAGCAUGUAUAUUCAUGAUGCAACUCCUGUAGAUCCGUUACAUUUGAUAUUUUUUGGAGAUAAUUUUGAUCAACUCACAGAAAGGGGUCAGCAAUUUAUCACAAUCAAUUCACUGAAAUUCAGGUGCACACAAGGUUCAUCUGGUGUUAUUAAAGCGCUAAAAAACAAACUCAAUAAUUUUCUAGAAUAUCAAAUAUCUCAUCCAAAUGUUGUCGAUUUGAGAAAACGCAAUGAAGCAUCAACGCUGUUCAAAACAAUAAUAGAAGUUUUGAAAGGCAACGGAAUGAGCAAUUAUCCCUAUAAUAGCAACGAAUGGAGUAAUUAUAUUGAACCAAAUGGUUUAAUUCAGGGUACUUAUGUGAACCAAGAUGGAUAUCUUGUGCUUUCAUAUAUAGCCUGACAAUUGGAUGUCUUAAAACAGACUAGUUCUGAACUGUAUAUUCUGACUUGUCCAGCACAAAAAUCAGUAUUUCUCGUGAAUGUGAACAAGUAUACCUCAAAUAACUUAUGAUCUAUUUCAUUGCAUAGAAAAAAUAAAUUUUUUAAAUAAACGUU